UGAGAUAAGCAGACUUCAGCAUAUGCAGCAGAGAAUUUGAUAAGAUACCCGGUGGGAAGUGGGAAGAUGAAAAAGGAGAGUCUUGAAAGUUUUUUUAAAUUAUAUAUACACGAAUUCUUUAUAUUUAAGUUGUGCAAGUAGCAAAGCUAGAUCAUCCUGGCAGCCAAUGGGUUUGAACUAACGUAUCCGUCAAAACCAGUACAAGCUAACCAGCGCGUCCACUCAAAAUUCCGCAGGCACUCCAACUCUGACCGCUUAACUAGGCCUAUGUAAAUAUUUCACGUUUCUUUGAGCGGACUUACUCCUCAGCAGUAGCAGUUUACCGAAAAGUGCUUUGGGAUGGAAAAAACUAAUAAUUUCCAGCACCUCGCUGCAAACACGACUCCCAUUUGGCAGCACCAGAACCACCAGCAACAACAACAACAAAUAGAAAGGAAUAUCCCUACGGUGCAUCCGGCCACUUCAUUUGACGCGAGAGCGGAUGCUGAUGCACUUCACAAAGCCAUGAAAGGUCUGGGCACCGAUGAAAAAGCACUGAUGGCCAUUCUCUGCCAUCGUAGCAACGGCCAGCGCGUCUUAAUCAGCCAGGCUUACAAAUCCGGAUAUGGAAAAGAUUUGGAGUCAAAAUUGAAGAGCGAAUUGAGCGGCAAUUUCGAAAGGGUUAUGGUCUCCCUUUGUCUGUCUACAGCCGAUUUUAUGGCAAGAGAGAUGUACGAAGCCAUGGCCGGAUUGGGGACGGACGACGAAGCCCUGGUUGAAGUACUCUGCAGUAGCACGAAUCAGGAGAUACGAGAAAUGAACGCUGCCUAUCUACGCGCCUACGGCCAUUCGAUGGAAAAGGAUAUCAUUGGAGACACUUCGGGCACUUUCAAAAUGAUGCUUGUUUCAUUGGUCCAGGGUGGAAGAGAUGAAAAUGAGUCGGGAUUGGAUGAACAUAAAAUUAGAUCGGACACACAACGUCUGUAUCAAGCAGGAGAAGCUCGACUGGGGACAGAUGAAACUGCUUUUAAUUCGAUUCUGGCCACCCGCAGCUGGGCUCACUUGCGCCACGUUAUGGCUGAAUAUCAGUCAAUGUUUGGCAAAAGUUUGGAAAAGGCUGUAAUGAGUGAAUUCUCGGGCAACGCCGAGAAAGUUUUACUGGGAAUAUUACAAUGCGCAGUGAAUCGGAACGUAUAUUUCGCCCAACGACUCCGAGAUUCAAUGAAAGGAUUGGGCACCAAUAAUCGCACUCUUAUUCGGUUAAUCGUCGGCCAUUGGGACACUGACUUGGGAAACAUUCAACAGGAAUACGAAAAGAAAUUCCUCCGAAGUCUUGCAGCAGAUGUUGUGGACGAAACGUCAGGCGACUACAGACGGGCUCUUAUGGCUCUUCUGGGCUCUAAAAACUACCUCCAGUGAACUGUGGACAUUGCGUAGAAUAUUUCGAUAAGCUUCUUGAUCUAUUUUUUAAAUAAGAGGAAUAAUUUUACUUGCUAAGUGUAUAAAUCAUAAUGACUAGCUUAAGUUUACGUACACAAGUAAUCGGCCGUUGCAAUGCAAGCAAUCCUCCAGUCCAUAUAUGGGCUGAGCCGACCUAGCACAAAACUCGAAAGGGGAGGAGCAACCGGCCUUGUACACUCCCUUACAGUAGCUUAAAUUUUACUGGCUAACAAUUAAUUGAUCAUUUUUGAAAACUGAAAAAUGAACUUUAAUCAGUCUGUUAUAA